CUCGAUCAGUAGUAGGAGCUUAACAUGGGUAGCUAAGUAGUAUCUGGCUAAUAUAAAUCAAAAGCCUUGCAUGUCGCUGUAAAACUUGGAUGAUUGAGAGUACCGAGAGGUAGUAGGCAACCAUUUAUUACACUAAGGAGUUGCGUCUCAUUCAUAAUAUUGCGCUGUUUGAUUGGUCUUUCGUGUGGCUAUGUAAGACUAGCGUGUUAGCUAGCUAACGUCAGUUACUACUCUGCUAGCGCAGGUUGCAUCGAAAUCUGUUAGCUUGUUUGACAGCCACAGGAGCUAAAGUCAACCAAGGUUUAUAUCAAGACAACACGGUUCCGUUUUGUUGAGCGUCGGAGAGUUUAUUUAAGCUGAAUAUUAUAGUGUGACCCAACUGUAACUGAAUGUUUGGCGAUAGAAGUAGCAGCAGCUACAGCUAGCAGAGCGUUAGCUUGUCGACAUCAACAACAAUGGGCUAUAGAAGGUAUUUUAAGACGGCAAGAACCUUUUAUUUGUUCACCAUUCUGCUGAUAGUCUUCGUCAAAGGAAUAACAGCUGAUGAAGAGCAACAGGGGAACGACGGGCCAGAACUAAAGUCUUACCAUGACCCAGAUGCUGAAGAGGAAGACGUCCGCCUGGCAGGGAAUGUUGUGGCCGGUGCCUCUGUGACCUCUCGUCAUGAAGUCUCGCAGCCAGAAGAGGAGAAACCGUCAACUGAGGAAGGACUGGAGGGAGAGGAGAAGGAGGACCUGCCUGAGCAGCCUCCUCCUGUUGAGGAGAAACCCAAAGAGAUUCCUGUGGUGAAUGGUGGUACAGCCCAUGGAGAGCCCUGCAUCUUCCCCUUCCGCUUCAUGGACAAGGAGUACUCGGACUGUACCACUGACGGACGGGGGGAUGGGCGGCUGUGGUGCGCCACCAAGUACCACUAUGACUAUGAGAAGAAGUGGGGAUUCUGUGAGACGGAGGAGGAGGCGCAGCAGCGACUGCAGGUGGAGGAGACGGAUGAGCAGUACCUGACGGUGCUGCGCAUGCUCAACGCCACCACCAGGAGGACCCAGAAGAAAGAAUUGUACGAGAAGCUGCUGAAGAUAGCGGAUAAAGGCCACCAGAAAGCCAUGGAGAAGGUGGCGUACGCCAUGUUGUUUGGAGACUACAUGAGCCAAAACGUCACCAUGGCCAGAGAAAUGUUUGAGAAGCUCGCCAUAGAAGGCUCGCCUAAAGCCCAGACGGCUCUUGGCUUUCUCUACGCAGCAGGACUUGGAGUUAAUUCCAGUCAGGCUAAGGCCCUGGUUUACUACACUUUCGGCGCUCUGGGUGGAAACUUGGUAGCCCAUAUGAUCCUGGGAUACAGAUACUGGGGAGGUGUGGGUGUUCCCCAGAGCUGUGAGUCAGCACUGACACACUACAGGCUGGUGGCAAAUCAAGUGGCCAGUGACGUGUCUCUGACGGGGGGCUCGGCGGUGCAGAGGAUCCGGCUGCUGGAUGAGGUGGAGAACCCGGGGUCCACCAGCGGGAUGUUGGAGGAGGACCUGAUCCAGUACUAUCAGUUUCUAGCUGAGAAAGGAGACGUGCAGGCUCAGGUGGGGUUAGGUCAGCUACACCUGCAUGGAGGACGCGGAGUAGAACAGAAUCAUCAGAGGGCGUACGACUACUUCACACAGGCUGCAAAUGCAGGGAAUACACACGCUAUGGCUUUCCUCGGCAAGAGGGUGGGAGACUAA